UAUAAAGAUGAGCUCAGAGUAUGAAGAUUACGGAAAUAUGGAGUACGGGACAAGACUCCCUCAUAGAUUUAGACUGAGCAACUUUGAGAGCAGAAAUAAAAUCCCGGUUUCUUCUCAAAGCUUCUCCAACAUGUCUCAACAGGAAGGGUUGCAGAAUUUAGAGUAUUACAAAAAUUUUCUAUCAUCCUUUAAGAAAAGGAAAAAUACUCCUUCAUUAGUACGCAAGAAGGGGAUAGCCUCUACCAGCUCCUUAAACAGUAGCAGUUAUGACAAGAUUUGUCCCAGUUACUCUUCAAACCGUUCUGAGAAAGGCCGGAAGUCUCACCUACGCAACCCUUGUGGCCUUGAAAUCAACAAGGAAAGGAGAACUAGGGAUCAAAAUUAGUUCAAAUAUAGUCAUAAUCAAUUAUAAAAAUUACGAAUCUGCAUGCUUAAAGAAGCUUAAGAAAGAUAAAGCCAGAGAGAAACACUCUACAAGAGAAGAGUACAAAACUAGGGGAGAUAAACUUCCAUCUCGAAGAGAGACUCAAAGAGAAGGCAGCCAGAAGCUCUUACCUUCAGGUUCACAAGGAGUUAGGUCAGAACACAAGUUUUUCACAACUAGAGAUGUUUGCCAACUUCAGACUGAAGAUUCGUACUGUGCACCUUUAAAGACACAAAGUGAUGCUAGAAAUAACACCGAAGAUGAGUCGCCAGAUAAGGACCAGGCUUCAAGGAUUCGGCCUUGGAAAGCAAGCGAAGAUCAAAACUUGCUUAAUCUGUAUGAGAAAUAUCCUGAUAAUUGGAAGAAAAUAGCGAAAUCCUUCCCUGAGAGAGAUGAAAAACAGUGCCGGACAAGGAUAACCAGGAUCAAAGUUCACAAUAAAGUCAAACAAGGUCGGUGGUCUCAAGAAGAAGUUGAGCAGUUAACAAAGUAUUACAGGACAUUCGGGAAUAGUUGGGCUCAAAUUGCGAAACGCAUGAAGACCAGAACUGCUGUCCAAAUCAAAGACAAAAUGCGUGAGCUUAACAAAAGCCAGUCUAAACCCAAAACUAAGAAGGUUAUGUUCGACUACCAACCGACUGAGAUAGAUGAAACUGGGUGAAAAGAAGAUGAUGAGGUGUUUGACAAUAAUUUUUCAUCUAAAGCGCACCAGUUCAACCCAAUCAAGAGAGAAAAGACCAAAGAGGUUUCUAAAAGACUUGACAUCAAGCGAGAACCUUCAUUCUUCAAUUUCUCAGACUUAAACGAGAUUAGCGAGAUGUUUGAGGAAUCCAAGAGAAUCGAUGAAAACAUUGAUACUAGACGGAUGAUGACUGACUCAGACUACAACCUGAAAAUGAGCAGCAAUGAAUUCCUGAGCGUGAAGACUCCAGAAAUUAUGAAGAUGAAUAGCCGGGAACAGUUCGAUGACAUCCUAAAUAAAUCUCUGAGUUCAGCUCAAUAAUAUAUCAGAAAUUAGCCUGAUAAAUAAUAUAUUUGUUCAA